AUGGCCGUCCCUCUUUCCCCCACGCUGGUGCUGGGCGAGGCCUCGGAGAGCGACUCAGAGCCGGAGCCGGGGGGGAACACAGCCGGGACUCCCGCAGUGGGGCUGAAGGUUCCGGGGGAGGCGUCGGAGACCGAGGAGGAGGAGGAAGAGGACAGUGCGGCCCGGAUGCCGCUGCCAGGGGUGUCCAGGGGGGGCCCCUCACUGCUGCAGCAGCGGCUGGGGGCGGGCGAGGGGCGACUGCGGGGCGCAAUGGCUGAGGCACUGGGACGCAGUUUCAGUGGGGCUGCGCGGCUGCUGGAAGGUCUGGGGGGGCCCCUGGGCCACGCCCAAGCUGGGGCAGCUGCGACCGCGCACUGCCUGUGCCUGGUGCGCCGUGACCUGCGCGCUGUGGCUGCCACCGUAGCCACCAUCACCGCCUGUCACCUGCUGCCUGACAUCCGUGGGGAGCUGUGA